GGGGCCGUUGCCGGCGGAGCUUUGCUGGUUGUUGCUGAGCAAGCAGCAACAUGGGGCCUUGCCUGGUGCUGGGGGCUGCACUGCUGGCUGCGCUGUGCCCCCGAGCAUCGUCACAAAUCACAACCCCGCUGCGGCUGCCCCCCAACGAGACGGGACUGUCGGAUACGCUGUCCUACAUCCUCACGGUGGAGGGGAAGCCAUACACCAUCCACCUCAAGAAGCAUGUCUUUAUACGUGAUGAUUUUAGGAUUUAUAUGUCAGAUGAGACAGGAUUCUCGAUGUCUGACUCUACCCAUAUCAGGGGCGACUGCUACUACCACGGCUCCAUCGAGGGUGUCCCCAGUUCAGCAGUGACCCUCAGCGCCUGCGCGGGGCUCAGGGGGCUGCUGCAGUUCCACAAUGCCAGCUUCGGGAUCGAGCCGCUGGACUCCUCCCCCACCUUCGAGCACUUCGUUUAUCGGAUGAGCAGUGAGAACACAGCGGGGUUCCUGUUUGCUCAGAGCCGCCCCAGGGCUGCGGGAGAAGGGCUGCAGGAGCCACCAUCAGAUGCAGCACAGUUACCCAAGUACGUUGAGGUGUAUGUAGUUCUGGACAAGGCUCUGUACAACUAUUUGGGCUCAGACCUGAAUGCUGUGACACAGAAGAUGAUCCAGGUUUUCAGUUUUGUGAACAAUAUCUUUAAUCCCCUGAACAUGACUGUGGUGCUGUCCUCCAUGGAGCUCUGGAUGCAGCAGAACAGAAUCCCAACAGAUGGAGCAGCAGAUGAGCUUCUGCAGCAGUUCCUGCAGUGGAAGCGGUCACACCUGGCUCUGCAGCCAUACGACGUGACCUAUCUGUUUGUGUACCGGGACCAGGCUGACUUUGCAGUUGCAACAUCUCCGGGCACACUGUGCGGCAGUGAUGCAUCCAGCGCUGUGGCUGUGCUGCAGCGCGCCGUGACGCUGGAGUCGUUCUCCGUCCUCCUGGCGCAGCUGCUGGGGCGCAGUCUGGGCAUGGGAUUCGAUGACGGCCGGGGCUGCCGCUGCCCCACACACACCUGUGUCAUGGAGUCGGCAGCGCUGCACAUCAGUGGGACAAAGGCCUUCAGCAGCUGCAGCACCGCAGACCUGGAGCAGUUCCUGCGGCGCGAUGGGGGGCGCUGCCUCCUGCACGGCCCCCCACUGCAGGGAUCCUCCCCGCGCCGCUCACCCACCUGCGGUAACGGCGUGGUGGAGCGCGGCGAGCAGUGCGACUGCGGCAGCGCCGAGGCAUGCUCGAAGGAUAAGUGCUGCGCUAAAGGAUGUGUGUUUAAGCCAAGAGCGAAAUGUUCCUCUGGGUUAUGUUGUGAAGGAUGUCAGUUCAAAGCUCCCAACACUCUGUGCCGUCCCUCCACCGACGCGCAGUGCGAUCUGCCCGAGUUCUGCAACGGCUCCUCGGCCUCCUGCCCCCCUGAUGUCUACGUGCAGGAUGGGCACAGCUGUGAGCACGGCACCGGCUACUGCUACCGGGGGCACUGCCAGUCUGCUGAGCUGCAGUGCCAGCAGCUCUACGGGAGAGGUUCGAGGAGCGCUCCCGUGGUGUGCUAUGAGGAACUGAACAGCCAGCGGGACAGAUUUGGGCACUGUGGGUACCACCCCCGGCAUGGCUACAGGGCCUGUGCAUGGAGGAACCUCCGCUGUGGCAAACUGAUCUGCACAUACCCACACAGCGCUCCGCUGGAGACGGACACCGCUGCUGUCAUUUAUGCCCGGGUCCGUGAGCAGCUGUGUGUAUCCCUGUACCUCCUGAAUGCACCAGCAAGUCAGGAUCCUCUGCUGGUCCCGGCGGGCACAAAGUGUGGCUCUGAAAUGGUGUGCAUAAACAGCACGUGCCACCCCCACUCCGUGCUGGGCUACGACUGCAACAGCGAAAUCCAAUGCCACGGACACGGAGUGUGCAAUAACCGCCGGCACUGCCACUGCCACCCGGGAUGGAAACCGCCCGACUGCCGCCAGCGCGGGUCGCGCCUCGGGGGCAGCAUAGACAGCGGCGUGCAGCUGCCGCAGCGCAGCUCCCCCCAGCAUCGGACGCAGCGGAACGCGGAGCGGAAGGGAGCACUGCUGGCCGCCUGCCUGCUGCUGCCCGCCGUGCCCGUGGCUCUGCUGCUGGUGCUGCUGCGCCGGGAGCUGCGGGUCCGUCGGUUUGGGAACGGAGAGCGCAUCGCCGAGGAGCGCAGCGAGGACGCGGAGGAGGAGCAGAAGGAGGAGGAUGAAGCGGAGGGGAACGCGGCGGAGCGCGGCGGGAGCGAAUAAAGCGUUGGGAGCACCGCGAGGCCGCGCCUCUGUCCUGGG